AUGCUGUCAAACCAGAGCCUCUUUGUGGAAAUUCCUGAGGGCAUUCUAGCUGAUGGAAGCAAAGAGGGGUUGCUGGCUCUUCUUGAGUAUGCAGAAGAAAAGAUAAAAGUCAGAUACGUCUUUAUCUGCUUCAGAAAGACUCGGGAAGACAGAGGUCCACUUCUGAAGACAUUCAGCUUUUUGGGCUUUGAGAUUGUGCGUCCUGGGCAUCCCUGCGUACCAGCACGUCCAGAAGUUCUGUUUAUGGUUUACACUCUUGACCAGAGUUCUUCAGACGAAGAGUGA